UAUUGCACAUGACGGGUGUUUUUCAAUGUUAAAUGGUACAGGUCUGUAUUUACCGUUUCACUUUUCCAGAAGUACUGGAAAACUGCGGCAGAAAAGAAUGAUUCAACAAAACGCGUCGUAGGACGAAGAAUCUUGCAAGCGCGAUACUGGCUCUUUAAUUACGUCAUUUAUCCUGUCAUGCCUGUGAUCUUUGCUGACUCCUUGUAUCCGCCCGCCCCUACGCGCUGGGAUCGGCUCGGCUCAUUGCAUUGCUGCAGCAGGGAAUAUCGUCCCUAACUUUUCCAUGUACCAGGCAAUGUUGACCAGAAAAUCUGAGUUCCUCUGAAACAUCGGGAAAAAGAAAGCCCGCAGUCCUAUAUAAGCAGCUGCAGGGGAAUCGUUUCUACGCACUUGGGGCAUUUCAGGGACCUAAUGCAGCAUGCUUCAGUUUGGGGGGAUCUCAUCUCACAUACACAAGGACAGGCUGAAGGCAGAAGGCAUGGGCACCAACGAGAGGGCUCUGAAAUUCCACAACCAGGACUAUGAGGCCCUUAAACAGGAGUGUCUGGAGAGCGGCACCCUGUUUGAGGACCCCUUCUUCCCAGCCGAAGCUCCCUCUCUGGGGUUCAAGGAGCUGGGGGCCCACUCUUCCAAAACCCGGGGGGUGGAGUGGCGGAGACCCACGGAGUUCACAGAUGACCCCCAGUUCAUUGUUGGAGGUGCUACAAGGACUGACAUCUGCCAGGGGGCCCUUGGUGACUGCUGGCUCCUGGCUGCCAUUGGCUCCCUCACACUCAAUGAGAGGCUGCUGCAUCGAGUCGUACCUCACGGGCAGUCCUUCCAGGAAGACUACGCCGGAAUCUUCCACUUCCAGUUCUGGCAGUUUGGAGAGUGGGUGGAUGUUGUUAUUGAUGACAGGCUGCCCAUUAAGGACGGGGAGCUGGUCUUUGUCCACUCUGCAGAAGGAAAUGAGUUCUGGAGCGCCUUGAUUGAGAAAGCUUAUGCCAAGUUGAACGGCUCCUAUGAGGCUCUGUCUGGCGGCAGCACGACAGAAGGGUUUGAGGACUUCACCGGGGGCGUGUCGGAGAUGUACGAGCUGCGCCAGGCUCCCAGGGACCUGUACAAAAUCAUCCAGAAGGCUCUGGAGAGGGGUUCUCUGCUUGGCUGCUCCAUCGAUAUCACAAGUGCCUUUGACAUGGAAUCAGUGACGUUUAAGAAGCUGGUAAAAGGCCAUGCAUACUCUGUGACAGGACUGAGAGAGGUAGAUUACCGGGGGUGCAGGGAGCGCCUGAUCCGCAUCAGGAACCCCUGGGGUCAGGUGGAAUGGACUGGAGCCUGGAGCGACAACUCCUCGGAGUGGAAUGAAGUCGACUCUUCUGAUAAGGAGGAGCUGCAAUUAAAAAUGGAAGAUGGGGAGUUCUGGAUGGCCUUCGGUGAGUUUCUGAGGCAGUUCUCUCGCCUGGAGAUCUGUAACCUGACCCCCGAUGCCUUGAGCGAGGAGAGCCUGAGCUUCUGGAACACCAUCAAGUACGAAGGCAGCUGGCGGCGUGGGAGCUCCGCGGGAGGAUGCAGGAACCACCCGAACACUUUCUGGAUCAACCCGCAGUAUAAAAUCACCCUGCUGGAGGAGGAUGAUGACCCCGAUGACAACGAGCUCGCCUGCAGCUUCCUGGUUGCCUUGAUGCAGAAGGACAGGCGGCAGUACCGGCGGCACGGCCAGGACAUGCACACCAUCGGCUUUGCCAUUUACGAGGUUCCGGAUGAGUACAAGGGUUGCCAGAACGUGCACCUGAAGAAGGAUUUCUUCCUGAAGCACUCCUCGUGUGCUCGCUCUGAGACCUUCAUUAACCUGCGGGAGGUGAGCUCUCGACUGCGCCUGCCCCCGGGGGAGUACAUCGUCGUCCCCUCCACCUUCGAUCCCAACAAGGAGGCCGACUUCGUCCUGAGAGUCUUCACAGAGAAGCAGUCAGACACCCAAGAGCUAGAUGAUGAAAUCAGUGCCGAUCUAGAAGAUGAGGAGGAGAUCUCAGAAGAUGAUGUUGAUGAAUCCUUCAAGUCCAUGUUCCAGCAGUUAGCUGGGGAGGACAUGGAGAUCAGCAUGCAGGAGCUCAGGACCAUCCUUAACAGAGUGGUGAGUCGACAUAAGGACCUCAAAACUGACGGAUUCAGUAUGGAGUCCUGUAGGAGCAUGGUCAACCUCUUGGAUAAAGAUGGCAGUGCUCGUCUAGGACUGGUGGAAUUCCAGAUCCUGUGGAACAAGAUCAGGAAGUGGCUGACCAUCUUUAGACAGUACGAUCUUGACAGAUCAGGAACCAUGAGUGCCUAUGAGAUGCGCCUUGCUCUUGAAUCAGCAGGUUUUAAACUCAAUAACAAGUUAAACCAGGUUCUCGUUGCAAGAUAUGCAGACAAUGAAACAAUUGAUUUCGAUAACUUCAUCUGCUGCCUAGUCAAACUAGAAGCCAUGUUCAGAUCAUUUCAGCAGCUGGACAGAGAUGAAAGUGGCAUUGUGGAGCUGAAUCUAACCGAGUGGCUGAUGAUGACAAUGUGUGGUUAAAGAUAGAAUUAGUCUUCCGAGAGACAUCAAGGGGCUAUGCAUCUUGAAACUGCCUCCCACCUACACCAUCACGCACGAUAUCAUCUAAACCCCCUUAACCUUGCUAUUAAACCAAGUAAUGUGCCUGCAAGUUGCAGAAAGGAAUAUGUGCUAGCCGGGGUCUUAUAUGGUGUAUGCACCAUUCAGGGCAGGGUAAUAUUGAUAUCUAAUUUCACCAUGUACUGAAGGUUAAUAUACUAUCUUUACAUAGAUAAACAAUCACCAUACAAGCAUGCUAGCAAACUUCUGGUAAGAAAAGUGUGCUGUGUUGCAUGGAUAUUGAAAUCAAGCAGUCUAGUUAUGAAAUAGAAGAUGUAUUUUGUUUCCUAGAUUUAAUCAUGUACUGCUAAAUCUCAAUGAUUCCAGGAGGCCUAAUUUUCUACAGGCUGUGAGACUGGAAAUAUCCAGCAGGUGGCAGCGUCCACACGUUUUGUUUCUUUACCACUACACUACAGCUUCCUUUUUGAAUCAGUGUUUUCUGUAUCACCCUGCCCCAGGUAACAGCAGAAUAAAGUUUGAGUUUGGACUAGUUAAAAAGCAAUACUUAAUAAACUGCAUGGCUAUUGAA